GAGUCGCCGGGCAGGAUGAGCGUACUGGGGGCUGGCCACAGAACCGGGGGAGGCUGCGAUGAGGCCACAGCUCUGGGCCCCGCGGAGGCGCUGGGGACAGAAGAAGGGGAACGGCCGGGGGCACUGAGGCAGAUGUGGCGCUACCGUUCCUGGGACGUGCCACAGAUCCCAGCAGAGGCCCCCCAGACACACCAUCCACCUGCCCCUGCCAUGGAGACCUUCUUUAGGAGACACUUCCAGAGGAAGGCGCCAGGCCCUGGGGAGGGGCAGCGGCGGCCCGGCUGCGUGGGGCUGCCCACAGGCAAGGUCCGACGCCGCUCCCCUGCCGGGCAGGCCUCCUCCUCACUGCUCCAGCGGCGCCGCUCCAGCGCGCAGCUCCACGGCUGCCUCCUGAGCUGUGGGGUGGGGACCCGGGGCACCAGCCGCCGGCGCUCCAGCACCGUGCCCCCUGCCUGCAACCCCCGCUUCCUCGUGGAUGAGGUGCCCACUCCACAGCCUGCUGCUGUUGGGGCGCAGCUUCUGGGCACGCCUCUGCUGUUGGCUGGGCUUAUGGGCACGAAUGAGGAGGAGGCAGCUCGGGAGGAAGACGUGACAGCUGCACCGUUGAGUGCCACCCAGCCAGGCACCAGGAGACCAGGCCCCUCCUCACGCCAGGGCACCCUGCUGCCUGUGCCUCGCUACCUGCGCCGUCGCCGCCGUGCCUCCUCCCACCUGCUCCCCGCCGACGCGGUGUACGACCGUGCCCUCUGGGGCCUGCACGGUUACUACCGGCGCCUCAGCCAGCAGUGGCCCCCAGGCCAACACCCUGGCUCUGGGGGUCGAAGAGCCUCAGGCACCACAGCUGGCCCUGUGAUGCCUGCUCGUGUGCGCCCGCUGUCCCGCAGGCGUCAGGUAGCCCUACGGCGCAAGUCAGCGGGACCCCAGACCUGGAGUGCCCUGCUUGCGAAAGCCAUCACCAAGUCGGGCCUCCAGCACCUGGCACCCCCUCCUCCCGCUCCCGGGGCCCUGUGCAGCGAGCCAGAGCGGCAGAUCCGGAGCACUGUGGACUGGAGUGAGUCCGCGACCUAUGGGGAGCACAUCUGGUUCGAGACCAACGUGUCAGGGGACUUCUGCUAUGUUGGGGAGCAGUACUGUGUAGCCAAGAUGCUGCAGAAAUCAGUGUCCCGGAGAAAGUGUGCAGCCUGCAAGAUCGUGGUGCACACCCCCUGCAUUGAGCAACUGGAGAAGAUAAAUUUCCGCUGUAAGCCGUCCUUCCGUGAAUCAGGCUCCAGGAACAUCCGUGAGCCAACAUUUGUGCGCCACCACUGGGUACACAGGCGACGCCAGGAUGGCAAGUGUCGGCACUGUGGGAAGGGCUUCCAGCAGAAGUUCACCUUCCACAGCAAGGAGAUCGUGGCCAUCAGUUGCUCCUGGUGCAAGCAAGCAUACCACAGCAAGGUGUCCUGCUUCAUGCUGCAGCAGAUCGAGGAGCCGUGCUCCCUGGGGGUCCACGCUGCCGUGGUCAUCCCACCCACCUGGAUCCUUCGCGCUCGAAGGCCCCAGAAUACCCUCAAGGCAAGCAAGAAGAAAAAGAGAGCAUCCUUUAAGAGGAAAUCUAGCAAGAAAGGGCCAGAGGAGGGCCGCUGGAGACCCUUCAUCAUCAGGCCCACCCCGUCCCCCCUCAUGAAGCCCCUGCUGGUGUUUGUGAACCCCAAGAGUGGGGGCAACCAGGGCGCUAAGAUCAUCCAGUCCUUCCUGUGGUAUCUCAAUCCCCGACAAGUCUUUGACCUGAGCCAGGGAGGGCCCAAGGAGGCGCUGGAGAUGUACCGCAAAGUGCACAACCUGCGGAUCCUGGCGUGCGGAGGCGACGGCACGGUCGGCUGGAUCCUCUCCACCCUGGACCAGCUGCGCUUAAAACCACCGCCGCCCGUUGCCAUUCUGCCCCUGGGCACUGGCAAUGACUUGGCCCGUACCCUCAACUGGGGAGGGGGCUACACGGAUGAGCCCGUGUCCAAGAUCCUCUCCCACGUGGAGGAGGGGAAUGUAGUGCAGCUAGACCGCUGGGACCUCCGUGCUGAGCCCAACCCCGACGCGGGACCCGAGGAGCGUGACGAGGGUGCCACUGACCGGCUGCCCCUGGAUGUCUUCAACAACUACUUCAGCCUGGGCUUCGAUGCCCACGUCACCCUGGAGUUUCACGAGUCUCGAGAGGCCAACCCAGAGAAAUUCAACAGCCGCUUUCGAAAUAAGAUGUUCUAUGCCGGGACAGCCUUCUCUGACUUCCUGAUGGGCAGCUCUAAGGACUUGGCCAAGCACAUCCGAGUGGUGUGUGAUGGAACCGACCUGACCCCCAAGAUCCAGGACCUGAAGCCCCAGUGCAUUGUUUUCCUGAAUAUUCCCAGGUACUGCGCAGGCACCAUGCCCUGGGGCCACCCUGGGGAGCACCACGACUUUGAGCCCCAGCGGCAUGAUGAUGGCUACCUCGAGGUCAUUGGCUUUACCAUGACAUCCCUGGCAGCGCUGCAGGUGGGCGGGCACGGUGAGCGGCUGACACAGUGCCGCGAGGUGGUGCUCACCACGUCUAAGGCCAUCCCGGUGCAGGUGGAUGGCGAGCCCUGCAAACUCGCAGCCUCUCGUAUUCGCAUCGCCCUGCGCAACCAGGCCACCAUGGUGCAGAAGGCCAAGCGGCGGAGUGCCGCCCCCCUGCAUAGCGACCAGCAGCCCGUGCCUGAGCAGCUGCGGAUCCAGGUGAGCAGAGUCAGCAUGCAUGACUACGAGGCCCUGCAUUACGAUAAGGAGCAGCUCAAGGAGGCCUCCGUGCCACUGGGCACCGUGGUGGUCCCAGGAGACAGCGACCUAGAGCUCUGCCGGGCGCACAUCGAGAGGCUCCAGCAGGAGCACGAAGGUGCUGGAGCCAAGUCCCCCACCUGCCAGAAACUGUCCCCCAAGUGGUGCUUCCUGGACGCCACCACUGCCAGCCGCUUCUACAGGAUCGACCGGGCCCAGGAACACCUCAACUAUGUGACUGAGAUCGCACAGGAUGAGAUUUAUAUUCUGGACCCUGAGCUUCUGGGGGCAUCGGCCCGGCCUGACCUCCCAACCCCCACUUCCCCUCUUCCCAACUCCCCCUGCUCACCCACACUCCGGUCACUGCCAGGGGAUGUGGCACCCCCCAAAGGUGAAGAGCUGAUUGAGGCCGCCAAGAGGAACAACUUCUGUAAGCUCCAGGAGCUGCACCGAGCUGGGGGUGACCUCAUGCACCGGGAUGAGCAGAGCCGCACGCUCCUGCACCAUGCGGUCAGCACGGGCAGCAAGGAAGUGGUCCGCUACCUGCUGGACCACGCGCCCCCAGAGAUCCUUGAUGCUGUGGAGGAGAAUGGGGAGACCUGUCUGCACCAGGCAGCGGCCUUGGGCCAGCGUACCAUCUGCCACUACAUCGUGGAGGCUGGGGCCUCUCUCAUGAAGACAGACCAGCAGGGUGACACCCCCCGGCAGCGGGCCGAGAAGGCUCAGGACACCGAGCUCGCCGCCUACCUAGAGAACCGGCAGCACUACCAGAUGAUCCAGCGGGAGGACCAAGAGACGGCUGUGUAGCUGUGAGGCUGACACCAGGGCAGCGAGGAGGGACAGGGCCAGCCUGAGGACGAGCCCCCUCAUCGCCCACCUCACUGCCACAUUCCAGUCGGACUACCACGGGGGGGGGGGGGGGGGGGGACCCAUGCCCCAGGGAAGGAGCCCCGUGCUGCCCCCUGAGGAGCCGCCCGCCCCGGACGGACGAGGGUUGGACUCUGAGGAGCUGGGGGAUCUCACCUGUCCCCCUGAGGCCCCAGCCCGACCCAGGGCCUACGGGGGAACAGGAAACUGGACUGGGCUGGGCAGGCCUUUGGGGGACGGGGCUGGACCACUUCAGGGCAGCCCUCGCCCUCACCGCAGCAGGUGCCCUCGUGGGGUUUAGGAGUAGAGGGGGAGGGCAGAGGGGCUUGAGGCCCUAUCAGGGAGCCUUCAGGAAGAGGCUUCCUAAGCCACCUGCUCCUUUAGGGGCCCCACCCUGAGCCUCCUGGCAGCUUGGGCCCUCUCUCCUGCCCUGACUCCACCCUUCCCAGGGCUUCCUUCCAGAAACAGCCUGCUGCAUUUGCCUGCCCGCUGCCCUGCUUGGCACCUACCCCCGGUGACCCUCCCUAUGUACUCAGUCAUUUCAUCGAUGCCCGACUGUGUGGCCUGGGGGUUGGAGUGGGGCUCUCGUGGUGACAUGUUUACAGCUGGGUGUGACUCAGUAAAGUGGAUUUUUUCCUUU